CUAUUUUUAAUAAUAGUGGCAUGAUUUGCAUGUAUUGUGUGUAUUACCUCUAUCAGCUUUAUAGUGUGGCCAAUAUAUUCUUAAACGCAACAGAGAAUAGACAUUAUCAAAAAAGACACAUAUAUCACCAGUAGUGCCUCAUCUCAUCUCAAUCCGUUUUCUCUAUACAUAUAUUGUGUACCAACGAAUUUGUUUUCUGUUAAACAUUUUCUUUUUUUUUCUUCUUGUUGUUUUGUUAUAGUACGCGAAGAGAGUGCGGAAUAUGAAAAUGAAUGUGGAUGUUGUAAAAACUGUGUUUAUUUAUAUCAUUCAGAGGAAUCGUCAGCUCCAGGUCAGAAAUAGAGGUACAUCGCCAUAUAGUCGUCGAAAUAUAGCCGUAACAACAACAACAACACAAAAAAUCAUGGGAUAAAUAUCAUACACGGUUGACGAUUGCCAAUUCCUAAUUCUCCAGGCCAGAGUUACUAAAAAUAAAACGUACCGGCCUGGAUUUUUCAUUUCGUAAACGAAAGAAAAGAUAAUUUUUUUUGUGUGUAAUUUUACUGUCUGUUGUUUUUUUGUUUUCGGGUGAUGUGCGAUCAUAAAUACGUAUUAUAAUAAGACAGAAUAGAACGCGCGCGGCAUUUUUUUUUCUUUGCUUCUAUGGACGAUCGGUGUUUUUUAAAAAAAAUUUCUUAACUCAGUUCUUAUUAGUCACCAGUUAGACACGAGGAAAGAAAACUUUGUGAAAAUUUGUAACUUAUUUAAAAAAAAUAAUCAUUGUAGACUGAACACGGUUUUAUUGUUGCGACAAAGACACCUUUUUAAAAAUUGAGAAAAUUACGUUGCAUCAAUUGAACUAAAAAAAAUAAUUAAAUUUUGAAUCAGUGACUGAUUGAUAAAAUGCACAAAAUAUUUCCUUGUACCUAAGUGCAUCUAAUAUAGAUUAUACAUCGCUGUAAGCGCUGCUAUAUUCACAUUAUUAUUGCAGUGUGGUGAAUUCAAUUCAAAAGUGCAUCGUCAAAAAUGCAAUGUGUGAAUUUCGGUUUUUUUUGUUGUAAUUUAAAAUGUUAUUUAUACAUCGGCUAAUUAUAAACUACAAACGUGCGUAUUAUUUGAUUUUAAAAUAAUAGUGUAACAAGUGGUGUGUCCCAUCUAUAAAGUGCAUAGUUUGAAUAGUAUUUUGAAUACAAAAAAAAACUUCUUCUUCUUCUUUCGUUCUAUCGUUUAAUGUGCUUCACUCACUUAUAAUAACAGUGCAAUUGUAUGUGGCUGAUUAUAUUUUGGCUGAGAUUGUAUGGCGAACGAACGAACGUUUGGAAAAUAUGUGUACAUACAGACGGGAUUGUUUAAAUAAUAUUAUUCUGGGCACUGAAAAUUCUUGGAUUUGUUCACCUUGUUUUCAAUUGCAAUAAUAAAAAUAAAGUACAGUGUGACGGUUUGUUCUACAUGAAAAAAGUAACGGCCUGCACCAUUGAAAAGGUUGAAUUUUUUUUUUUUUGAAAUUUGUUCUUUUAACGUAAAAUUUUCAAAUUAAUGUGCUGCUUGUGCUACAUAAAUAUUUUGAGUGAUUAAGGAAUUUCGGAAUUACAUUUAAACCGAAAGAAAAAUCAAAUCAAAUAUCAAAUCUUGAUUAUUACGAAACGUAAUUUGGAUUGUGCUGUGUAUACUGUGCUCAUUUAGCAUAGACGUGAUUUUGUGAAUUCGAGACGGAUUAAUUUAACAGUGGUCUAUCUAUGGUGAAAAUGGAUACGAAUGAAAAUUCUUCAACGCCCCAUUCAACGCAACAAUUUUGCUUAAGGUGGCACAAUCAUCAGACAAGCUUGCUGUCAUCGUUACCGUUGCUGCUCGACCAAUCUCACCUAACUGAUGUGACGCUUUCAGCUGAGGGACGAACAGUACGAGCUCAUCGUGUCGUGUUAAGUGCGUGCAGUACAUUCUUUUCUGAUUUGUUUCGGACCUUGGAUCCACCAUUUCAUCCUGUGAUCGUACUACCUGGAGCAUCGUUUGGAGCGAUGGUGGCACUACUAACGUUUAUGUAUUCGGGCGAAGUGAACGUAUUCGAAGGGGAAAUUUCGUCACUAUUAUCUCUAGCGGAAACAUUGGGCAUCAAAGGAUUAGCAGAUUUUCACGGAAAUGUCACUAAAAUGUCACCGAAACGCGAUUUAUCAUCACCCGUGCCAAAGGAACCGGAAACGCCAUCACCUACACCCACACCGACACCAACUCCAACAUCAACCCCAACGCCCAUGCCAUCGAAAUUGAUCUCACCGCUCGAGAACCUAUUCGCUAAAACAUUUCAAUUCUGUCCCAGUCUAAUGGCUAAUCCACUGAACUUUUCCCAAUCAGCCAUAUCACGUGGAGCUGAGAUUUUUGCCCGUUACCAGAAUCAAUGUCGCAUGAACCAAAUGGAAAAGGGCAGCGACUACAUGGAAGAGAAUGGAAAUCGGAAAAGUGUUGAGACUAAAAAGACAAAAACGACGGAAAUGAAAAAAAUCGAUCAAAUAGCCGAGCAACUGCGAAGCGGUUCGUCAAAUCGAAAUUGCAUGGAUGUUACCAAGGUGUCAGGAAUACCCCAUUCUCCAACAUCAGCAAUGUUGCUCAAAUCGUCACCGUAUUCGAGCUUGGCUCAUUUUAUGGCCGAUGACAAUAAUAUGCAGAAAAUGACAGAAUUUGAUAAUCAGGAACCGACGCCGCAGUAUAUGCCGAACGAAGGACUGAUUUCGGAGUUAGAUAAAACAAUUUCUUCAGUUGGAAUGCCGCCGAAAACGUCGAACUCGAAGCUGUAUGCGACUUGUUUUAUAUGCCACAAGCAGCUGAGCAAUCAAUACAAUUUGCGAGUACAUUUGGAGACUCAUCAAAAUGUUAGAUAUGCGUGUAGCGUCUGUUCACAUGUAUCUCGUAGCAAAGAUGCGUUACGAAAGCACAUUUCGUACCGUCAUCCCGGUGCGCCUAGUCCGUGCGAAUCGGAAUCGAGACGGAAACGCAUGAAAAUUGCACCACAAGGGAGCCAACAACCAGCCCAGCCGCCCGUCAAACAAGAAUCAAAUUAUCCAUCCACCUCACAGAUGCACCUUCCACAAAAUAUGACACUUCAACAGCAAUUGUCUAGUCCGAGCUACUGCGAACCCACCAACUACCAUAUGUCUAGUGUAAAGCCGCCGGUUGAGUCGACAUUACCGGCAACAAAUCUACAAACAACCACCGAUAAUGGUCCAUGUAAUAAUUAAGAAAUUUAAUUUAUAUUUUCUCUUUGCGAUGAUGAUGACAAGUUAUACACAACCUCCCUAGCUGUGAUAGACAAUUAUAUAAAAAAAUAUUUUCUCGUUUAGUCAAAAUGUUUUCAUUCGUUUUUCUUUUUUGUAUAUUUCGUACAUAUAAAAUCUAGUUUCAUAUUUAUACACACACGCACCACACACCACCUAGUUUAAUGAUUGCACAAGCCCAGAAUUCUUUUUUUUUUUGUUUUGUUAUAGACACGUUAUACAGAGUCGGGAAUGUGAUUUUGAAAACUUAAUUUUUAAAUAAACAAAACGAUUUACGCGAUUGACUUAGAAAUUGUUGCGGCAAUUUUGUGUUAGAAAAGACAAUUUAUAAAAGUGUGAGCGGCCAUAAAUAAGGCAGUCAAUUUUACAUACUUUUGUUUUCUCUAGGGCCGAAACGGGCUUAUUAUAACCCCAGGGAAAAGCAUGUAAUAUAUAUUAUGCACCUGUUGCCAAGAUUGGUAUUUUGACGUGUGGAACAUCAUUGCCCUA